UAUGAUCCUGUGAAAGCUGUAUUUCUUGAAAUCUCGAAGAAAUGGCUUCGUCAUCAUACAAACUUUGCACAGUUCCUUGCUGUACAAGUACAACAAUAAAAUAUCCCAAUAAAUUAUUUAUUCAUGUGCCACAACCGGGGCCUCUUCGUAAAAAGUGGCUGCAAUUAGCACGACGCGAUCCGUCCACUGUAUCACCUAAAUCUUCAAUUUACUUUUGCGAGGACCAUUUUGAUCUACCAAAUGACAUGGAAAAUUACAUGGAGUACCAUAUUAUGGGCUCUGUCUCAGCAAUAAGAAUGAAACCAUCUUGUGUACCCACUAAAUUUGAAUGUCAACCUGAUCGUUUAAAAAGAACAGCUACAACUAUGCCUCGGUCUGCAGUAAUAAAAAGGCAGCGUGCAUCAUUAAUAGAAGAGAUACUUGCACAAGGAACUUGUUCACCCUCCACUAGCAGCAUAGAAUUACAGCAUAGUAACAUAGAAACUGCAGAGUCGGAAAAUACUCAAAAUAAAGAAGCUAUGGAGCCAUUAAUGAAAUUCUGCGUCUGUUGUCUUGUUCAAGAAGUUCCUUUUAUACAUUUAUCGACAUGUUCACAUUCUGAAUUUUUAAAUAAUUUCAUGAAGCCAGCGAUAAAAUCAAGCAGCCAAGUGGUUUGUUACAAAUGCCAUAGUAUUUUGAAAAAAAUAAAAUUAUUUACACUACAAGUGAAAAAUAGCUUCAAGCAUAUUACUGAGGAGAGCCACAUUGAAAUUUCCAAUCAAAAGAAUGGAAAUCUAAAAAUGCAAAAACUGAAAAAUAUUGAUAUACCACAGACAAGUAUAGACUCGGAUAUAAAUAAAACCAUAGACAGCAAAGAGAUUACAAAUCAAACUCCAGAAAUGAUAAUCAAACCAAAGAGUUUGAAAGCAUAUGAAAGAAAAAUUAAAAAUAUAGGAAAUGCAUUGAAAAUUAUUGAAAGCAAUCAAAAUAUCAGUAAUGCCAAUGUUGGAAGUAGAAAUACAGAAAAUAUAAUAUUGAAAACAGAAAACUUAAUGGAGGUAGAUAAGAAAACAAUUGAUAUGGUUGAUCAUGUAUUAGGUGCUGAAGGUAAAUUUGGUAUUAAAAAAAAUAUAUUUGUUGACAAAAUUGAUAAAGAAUUGGAAAUUCCUAGUAAGUCUACUACUAAGAAGAAAGUUGAUACUUAUAGAGGUGUAUCAAUAUAUUCGAUGAGAUCGAGAAUUAAAACUGUAAGUUUGUCAAAUGAAGAAUUGAUUGAAGAACGAUCUAAGAUGGCGGCCAGUCAGACAUAUAUGAAGUCUUUAUAUAAAUGUGAAGCUUGCCUCCUAGGUUUUAAUUAUGAAGAGAAUUUACAAGAUCACGUCAAACGCAAACAUUUUGAUAAAGACAGCGGCCUAAAAUGCGAUGUUUGUCAACAGACAUUGAACCCAGGAGCUAGUUAUAACGAUCAUAUGUCGAAUCACUACACCAGAUGUCGUGUUUUAUUUGUUACCUACUUGCUUCUGCCACCGGCUCCGACGCGAUAUCAAGGUAAAAAAUUUGAGGAGUGGCUUGAGAGACGCCACGGCGUCCUCACCUUCCGCCUGACGCAGGUGCUUACCGGGCACGGCAGCUUCGGUAGGUUCCUGUUUCGGAUCCAGCGGGAGGAAACGCCCGAGUGUCGUCAUUGUGAGGACCACCUAGAGGAUACGGUGGAGCAUACGGUAGCGGCCAUGGUGGGGAGUGAGAGGAACUGGGACGCCGUCUCCUCCUUUUGUGAAGCAGUCAUGCUUGCAAAGACAGAGGCGGCCCGCGUGAGGGAGCAAUCCUCCUCCUCAGGCCCCAGCAGCCGCAACUGGCGACACUACGGGCGUCGGGGAUCAAGGGAAGUUUGA